CAUUAUUAUUAUUUUUAUUUUCUCCAGUUCCAGUAUCAACCUAACGCCUCAAAGUCAAGAGUCAGAGCCAAGGGAAACAGGAGAGAAGAAGAACUUUCAUCCUCUCUUUCUCGGAGAAACGUCUUUUUCUCGCUCGUCAGACAAAGUUUCUCUUUCUUAGGUUUGAGAAGUGAUACUCUUGGAUUAAUUUUGGAGGAUAACAGGGCAAAGCUGAGAAGUUAACUCAGACUGUUUUAACAUCCUGGUUAAGCUUUGCUGGAUUCCAUUGUGAAUUUGUUUGCUCAUGUGGCCUUUUUGUUUUGUAUUAAAUAAGAUUCUUAAAGCUGAAGAAGAUGAAGAGGAAAUAGUGAAUCUAUCAGAUGGAAAUAUUGUAAGCAAGGUAGAACGCUGCUCAUCUGAGCACUUCUCAAGUAAUGAGAAGUACAGUGAUGCGCUCUUGCCAAGAGCACACUUUGUUGAAGUCCCUCAUGUAAACCAGCUAUUCUCUUGGGACUGUGGCCUUGCAUGCGUUUUGAUGGUAUUGAGAACAAUUGGAAUAAACAAAUAUGAUAUUCAAGGUCUGGCAGAGUUAUGCUGCACAACCAGCAUUUGGACCGUCGAUCUGGCAUAUUUACUGCAGAAAUUGAACAUUAAGUUUUCCUACUUCACAGUAACAUUUGGAGUAAAUCCGAAUUACUCUGUUGAGACGUUUUACAAGGAGCAAUUGCCCACUGAUCUUGUUCGAGUGGAUAUGCUAUUCCAGAAAGCAAGGGGAGCUGGUAUUAAUAUAGAGUGCAGGUCAAUCAGCAGAGUAGAAAUUUCUCUCAAGAUAUUGUCUGGGAACUAUGUUGCGAUUGCAUUAGUUGACCAGUACAAAUUAAGUCAGCCUUGGAUGGAGGAAGUCAUUGUCCCAGGCCUCUACAACAACUGUGGUUAUACUGGUCACUAUGUUGUGAUAUGUGGCUAUGAUGCUGGUGCAGAUGAGUUUGAAAUUAGAGAUCCUGCCAGUUCCCGGAUUCUGAAUACUUGUGCAGGAAACAUGAGAAGGUCUCAUCAAAGCGCCUAGAAGAAGCUCGAAAAUCCUUUGGUACUGACGAAGAUCUUCUCCUGAUAUCCCUGGAGAAGAAUGAGAAGUAGACCUUUCCCUGAUCUUAACUUUCUUCAUGUCAAUCGGGUCCGUGACAUUACACCUUGCAUAUAUUACAAAUUUGUGUAUAAUAUGUGCAUCAUUAUAAACCUAACUGUUAAAAUCUCUCAAUUCACUUUACAUGUAUAUGCUUUUUAGUAUGUAAUUCAUAUUUCAAUGUAAAUUAACAUAUAAUUUUAGUCAUUUAUUUUCUUUUAAUAAAUUCUGAAAUUUUCUUCCAAA